AUGAAAGAAUGUAUCUAUUUCCUCCCGGAGGUCAUCAUUGACACACCGCUGUCAUCUAUUUAUCCGUCAUAUCUCACCGUCACCGGCGAUCCUGGCGCGGUAACUCUAGCAGCUCCGCCUAGAAUCGGACGUAGACGCCUGAACGAAACGAACGAAUGUACGCAAUACGACCUUCACCUGAACGACUCGACGAACGUUUCGCUGGCGAGGCGGCGUAAACCAUCAUCAACACGCCAGCGGAUAACGCAAGUCAUCGUAUAUUAUCGCCAUUCACUGUAG